CGCCCGCCCCGCCCCCCAGCCGCGCUCCCCGCCGCUGCCGCCGCCGCCGCCGCCCCGCGCUCCCAUGGCGCUGAAGCGGAUACAGAAAGAACUGAGUGAUCUGCAGCGAGACCCACCGGCCCACUGUUCUGCCGGACCUGUUGGAGAUGACUUGUUUCAUUGGCAAGCAACAAUUAUGGGACCUCCUGAUAGUGCAUAUCAAGGAGGAGUGUUUUUUCUCACAGUACACUUUCCAACAGACUAUCCUUUCAAACCGCCAAAGAUUGCUUUUACCACAAAAAUCUACCACCCAAACAUAAACAGUAAUGGGAGUAUUUGCCUUGAUAUCCUGAGAUCUCAAUGGUCACCAGCUCUGACUGUAUCAAAAGCUGACUGUGCAUGCAGAACUGAGGAGAAAAUGGUCAGCAGACCUUCAAAAUCAAAUUAAUGUGGAUGUAAAUGGAAAACCCUGAUACUGAUGUGAUGGGCUUCUCUGCUUAAUGGUGGCUCUUUGGCUUGCCUGAGCAUCUUUGUGUGGGCUAAGGUCUUCGUUAUACUUCAUUUUAAAAUGAGAUAAAUUGUUCUGGUUUGCAUUCCUCUUAAAGAUUAAUAUUGUAAAAUGUAGCUGCUUUCCAAGUCAUCAGUAAAAGAUUUAUUAAAAUAUUCUAGUCCUGUAGUUAAACUUUCUCAAGAUAACACUAGAUUUUUUGGAACAUUGAGGUUACAGUUAGCAGUUCCUUUGUUGUAGGCAUUUUGUGCCACUUCAAAAGCUGCUUGAAAUGUGGGUGCUAUCAUUGUUUUUUCUCGCCCAUCUUCAAAAUGCUCAGGCACACUUAGUCAUAUUACAGAAAGUUCUCAUGUGACUCAAGGUUAAACAGUGUCACAUCUUGCUUAUGUGCUUGAGAGCCCUCUAAACCAUGUGUCUUAUGUGUCUUUUUUUAGAACAGUGUCAUUGCAUUUGCUGUACAAGCAAGGAAAAACAUGUUAGGUUUUGUGCAAUGGAAAUUGCAAUAUGUAAGUGCAAGUGUUAUACCUCCCCUGUGGAAAAGCAACUUGUGCUUGUGUACAAUGACCCUGUACAGUAAUCUCAUAAGCUAAAUAAAACCUAAUUUUAAUACUGUUUUCUGAAAUAGUUGCAGAAGGCAUGAAUUACUUUUGUGUGUAGUUGGUGUCAGCUUUCCACAGAAACUGGCUGGUUUAUUGCUGAGCAAAAAUUGCCUUGUUUCUAGUUAUUUAGAAGGUAUUUAGCAAACAGAAGUUGGCAUUUACAUCAUGUUUACCAGUUGGCAUUUACAACUGAGAACUCUUGAAGUUUUUAGAUCUUCAGUACUUUUCUGUGUCUUUACUUGUUGAGUGUUCCUUCAGUUACGAAGUGGAGCAGUCUGCUGUGGUCUUAGGUUCUGAUUUGACAUGCUUUAAGGUGCUUGCAUGUUAUACAUUGUAUAAACUGGACAUUAGCUCACUGGCUCAUGCAAGUUUCUCCUUUAUAGUUCUUGCUUUACUCAAUCAAAGGAUUACAAUAUAAUGGUAGUACCUGUUGUUGGUGUGACCAAGUAUUCUAACCCGAUUUUUUUUUUUAAUAUUACUGGUGUGUUUGGUACUUAAUAAAAUGAAACAUGUUAGUAUGAUGUGGUUGAACUUAUACAGCUGAAAAUAGGUGUUAGUCUGGGCUUUUUGGUAACAAGACAAAGGAAGGAAAAAAAUCCUAUAUCAGGUUCUUACGGCAGCAUCAAAUUCCGUUUCACAACACGCUUAGAAUUAUUUAACUGUGUACUCUUGUAUUCAUAUUAGUUCUGAGUAUAAAAAUAGACAUUUCCUGAAAAGUAUGGACUGAAAAUGUUAGAAAAAUCAAACAUCCUUGGUGCAAUACUAGGAAAUGAAUAUGGAAUUAUAAAUGAAUACAUGCAUAUAAUGCUGAUGAAGUGUUUUCCCAAAAUGGAAGUCACACUUAAAUGAAAUGUUCAUAUGAAGGGGAGAAUAACUGUCAGCAGCACAGAAGUGGAGAAGGAUAUGCGCAAAUGGAGUAGCACAUGGCAGUGUAAUGUUAAUUAUUUUUAAAUAGCUUUAGAUGGAAAGGGCUUAGUUUGAUCAGAUAUUUUUACAUAGCUAUGCAGUCAGUAGUUUGUUUAAUGUUCAUAGGUUAAAAUGUGGGGGAAAGAUCAUUACGAAAGGUACAGUUCCAUGGGUCGCAAGUUCUCUAGGCUAUUAUCAGGUGCUGUUUACUUAGGACCUAGAAAAAUGAUGCUGUAUAAACAUUUCUAAACAGAACUGCCAUGUGAAAGCUUGAUUCAAAUAUGCAUUCUCUUUCCGUUCUCCCUUUCACCACCCUUCUUCGGUGUACUGGAAUAUAUUAAAGGAUUAUAGAAAUAAAGCAAAAUAACUUGUUUAA